AUGAGCAGGAUAAGUCUUCCACGGCUCAUUGACGUCCAGGAAGAGGAGUCUCUUAUCGAGUAUGGCACUCGCAAGACACGCCGCAUGAUCGAUGGUUUCAUGGACUUUGCCACCCAAGGAAAUAUUCUCGAAAUCGCCUUUGGUCUAAUCCUCGCCCAAGCCUUCACCACAGUCGUGACAUCCUUUGUUUCUGAUAUUCUCCUACCACCACUGUCCGUUAUCCUGCCGCUCAAUGCCAAUCUGGACCUCAAGUUCGCCGUCCUGCAGCCUGGCCCCAACUACCUGCGCUGGGGCGGGUACAACACCAUCGAGCAGGCCCAGGACGAUGGAGCCGUCAUCAUGGCUUACGGCGUCUUCCUCAACAAAACAAUCAACUUCAUCGGCCUGGGCCUGGCCCUGUACAGCCUCGCCAGCUUCUACGAAUACCUCAGCAGCGAUCCCAUCGUCAAGCGCACGGUCAAGUGCCCGUACUGCAAGAAGCAUAUCAACGAAAAGGCAAUGAGAUGUGUGAAUUGCACCAGUUGGCUGGAUGGACGAGAGAAUCGUGUGCAGGUCCAGAGCCUCCUGUCACCGUGACGGCAUCAGCUGGGUUUAUAGUGGCCUAUAGCAUGUAGGGACUCGAGUGCGUAGGUCUACACUCUAGGAUCAAGGUGGGCGCGGCGGAGAGACACAGAUACGCCAUUCCAUACUUCACCAUCAUGUUGAGCAUAGCGGGUAGAAGCUAGCAUUGUUUAUUUUUUCC